CAGCCUGUUCACCGCGGUGAGCCCGACACCUCACCGAGCCAACAGCAGCGCUUCAAGGACACAUGAACUCCGGUUUCACGGACAACAAACACAUCACAACUGUGCAGAACUUGGACAAAUCAUCCAAGGGACACAACCGCAACGAACCAAAACAGCUCACAGAUACCUACCUACCCAUCCAUCCCGCCAAGACUCUACUCAAGUUUGAUUCUCAACCCGGCUCAAUUAAUCUUUUCGCAUGUUUCGAAUCCAAAUCGGGAUUCAGCCUCAUUAAACGCCUACGCGCCGAGCGGAAACUUCGUCAAAAUCACUUUCAUCUCAUUAUUUUCGGAUCCAGUCCAGUGCAACAGAAGCUCAGUCCCCAGGGCCUUAUUUCGGGAUAAUUUCCGUCGUCACAGCAACAGCCAGCCACACACAAAACACACCAAAUAACGACCGGCAAGACGCGGCUUAACCGGUCAACGCUAUCAAUAUCACCUUGAGAGCAGAGCUACCUAUCUGUUGUGAUCCUGAUAAUCGCGAUAAGGUUUGGAAACAACCUGGAUACAAGAGGAGGGACGAGGGGACAAGGAGACGGGGCUGGGCAAGACUACGUCACACAAGACCUCUCAUUCAAUCGUGCAAGGGAACAAACAUUCUGCAGCCCGUCACCCACCACUGACCAUCACCGGAUUCAUCAAGAUCACACAUUCAUUCACUGCCCUCACUCUUCAAUCAUCUACCUACCUAAAACUCACCCACCACUCCCAUCAAGACCUCCGACUUGUCUGUCACAUUCUCACAUCCCAAAUGACCACCAUCACCACCAACCCCCAUCUCCCCCUUCAAGAUGCUACCGCCUCCCCAUCCUCUCCAACAGAACAAGAAGACUCCUACAACACCCAAAUCGACGCCCUCCUCACCCGCUACCUCCUCUUGCUAGACGAGUACACCACCCUCCGCUCCUCGCUCUCCAGCCUGCAAGCCGGCAUGUACCAGAACCUGGCGCGCGCAAACUUUACCGCUGAGCGGGGCGUGCGGUACGGGAAGGAAUACUUUGAUGAGAGGAUGGUGGCUAGUAGGAGGGUUGUGGUGAAGGUUGGGGCGGGGAAAGAGAAAGGGAAAGGGCAAGGGAAGGGGGACAAAAGGGAAGAAGAAGAAAAAGAAGAAGAAGAGCACGGUGGGCGGUGGUGGUGGUGUGAGGAUGAGGGGGAGCAAAGGGUGGAGUUUAGGGUUGGGGUUGUGGAGGUUGAUAGUUUGAAGGUAGAAGUGGUGAAAGAGAAGGAUGAGAAUAAGGGGGAGGAGGAAAGGGGGGAGGAUGUGAAGCAAGAUGAGAAGAAGGAAACGGAAGAAGUGGUGGGUCAGGACAAGGAAGCUAAGGAGGAUAUUAUUCAAAGAGCAGACACAACAACAACGACAACAGCAACAACGACAACACCAGUAUCCCCUGACGACAGCUCCGAGACCCCCUCAAACCCAGACAAUGGCACCGCGGGCGACAAGGAAGAUGAAACCAAAAAGAAGAUUCGAAAAAACGACCCCCUCCGCUGGUUCGGCCUCCUCACCCCGCUUCCGCUCCGCCUUGCCCAGACUCAGGCCAUCCAAGCCGUUGAGCAAAUCAUUCCGCGGCUGGUGACGGUCAACGCGGAGAUGGCGCAGGUGGAGAUUGAGGUACGGAGAGCGAGGAAGAGGAGGGAGAAAGCGGCUGUCAAGGCGAAGGCGGCGGCGAAGGCAGCGGCGGCCAAGGAUGCUAAGUAAGAGUGCUGAGGGUGAAUGCGAGGCUGCAUUCCAGGUAGAUAGAGGAGGGAGAGAGGGGAAAGAACGAGAGAUAAAAGUAAAAGAAUUGUAAACUUGAGACAUGGGAAUAGCGUACGACAAUGGCGAAUUGGUGAUUAAAUCACCUAGCUUCAACUCGGCUGGACAAUGAAUGAAUGACCAAAGCCAACGGGCUUUAUCACCGUGAGUAAAACCAGAUAGUUGUUGAUAAAAAU